AUGUCUGAACAGGUUCAGAUACCAGAACACAAGCUUUUGGAGUCGCCCAACUCUCGGACGAUAGAGAUCUUGGAUUGGAGGAUCACAGCAUCAACAAACCCUAUCUCUAAUGCCUCAGAGCUCGACGCGCUACAGGCUACCUUGGGACUCCCACUCCCUGAAAUGACCUUCGGGAGCAACUACUUGACUUUGGAGCAUCGUCCUACAUCUUGGAGAUACCACUUUACAACAGAGGGCGCCCUCAGAUGCGUCAAGAAUGGCCCAUUGGGCGACGGGGACGGAGGAGUCAAGGUCGAAUAUGCGGACAAAACAGAUCCGUCGUCUUUGUUCGGGAUGCCAGAGACCGUCCCGACUAAGCCAUACGACUGGACAUACACGACCACUUAUCCCGGACAUGCUAGCAUGGUCGAAGGACGGAACGAUAAAUGGGUUGCGGCAGACCCAGAGGACAGCUCCCAAACGAUCCCAAUGGCAGAGCUAACUCGACCCGAUCCUAUAUUGUUCUACGCCGAGGUCCCUCUAUUCGAGGACGAACUUCACGAUAACGGAUCUUCAACACUCCUCGUCAGAAUACGUGUCAUGCCAACAUGUAUCUUCAUCUUAUCCCGGUUCACGCUACGCGUCGACGGCGUGCUCUUCCGGUCAUUCGAUACGCGGUACUACCACUCCUUCGCAUCCACGCCUCCCCUUAUUAUUCGGGAAACGAGCGGAUGGGAAGCACCUUAUGAUCGCGUUCAAUGGCUUCUCCCAAAGCGGGAAGACCGAACACCUCUAACAGAUCCAAACUGGAUUUCCAAAGCACUCACCGAUCUGCCCGCGCGACUGACCCAACGUGAAGGAGCAAAGACAGGCUGGAGAGGGCUCGGUACGAAGAAAGAGAUACUGAAGCUUCUAUGA